UCUCUCCUGUCCCCAGACCUGAGUUUGGGUCACUGUGGUCGGGUGUUUCCACUCUCCGGUCUCCUGUUGGUAACUCCUGGUUCCUUUCCCUACGCCAAACCACACUUUUAAGUAUUAAGCAAAUUUCAAAGAGGCCGAUCCUUCAUUAUCAUCGAAGCAUUCCCCGAGCCAAACCACACAUCUUCAACAAGUUUUGAAGUCAUUUGAAGAGGCAAAUCAUUAUCAUCGAAACGUUGCAAUGGAUCAGCAUAAGUAUCGCACAGCGGGAGUCCAGGAGAAGCUGGAGAUCCUCGGGGUGGAAGAUGCCGACGGGAACCCAAUCAGCGCCUUGACCAUCUUGUCGCUUCUGGAACGCGUUGCCGGCAUCAUCGACAACGUCCAGUCCUCCCAGCAGCGCAUGGAGGAGCGUCAGAUGGACCUGGAGGGCAACAUCAAGAGCAUCCAGGGAGACGUGAUGAAGCUCGCCAAAGACCACACGGACACCAGCUGCACGGUGGAGAAACUGCUGCAGAAGACCCGCAAAGUCAGCGCCAACGUCAAGGAAGUCCGCAUGCGCGUCGAGAAGCAAAACGUCCGCGUGAAGAAGGUGGAAACCACGCAGGACGAGCUGCUCACACGCAACAAGUUCAGGGUCGUCAUCUAUCAGGUAAGCAGAGUCAAGUAA